AUAGAUGUCUGGUCUUCAAUAGAUGUCUGAACCAUAUAGUGGAUUCCAUGGGAGAAAACAGAAUGAUUGGGAAAGUAUUCAGUUGAACACAAUGAUAAUCUGAAUCACUCUUCUUUGCCAGAUGCUGUGUGUGAGAGGAACUGGAAAUUUGAGGCACCACAGAAGAGCCCUCUAUAGCACUUUAGUGCCACCUGAUGAAGUAACCGUUCAUCAUAAAUAUGGUCUGCCUGUGAUAACACUUACAUUACCGUCAAGAAAAGAACGUUGCCAGUUUACCAUCAAGCCAAUGCUAACAACUGUGGGCACCUUCUUACAGGACAUAAAGAAAGAAGAUAAUGCAAUUGAAAAGGUAGAAGUCUUCACAGCAGAUGGCAGCAGGAUUUCAAAUUCUGUGUCGAUGGAAGUUCUGCUAAUGAAUGAUUUUAAACUCAUUGUCAAUAAUGCAGAAUAUAGUGUACAUCCACCACUGAAAGAUCAAAUGAGCAAAGAGCAUGCCACAGAGAUAGAUGACAUCAAAUCAACAAUCCAUAAGUUAUUUGUAGCCCUUCACUUAGAAGAGCACCAGACAAGAAAAGAGAAAGAGUUAAUGCAAAAAAUGGAACUUUUGAAAGAAGAACUGUUCCCUUUAGAACAGAUGAAGGCUAGAAUUGCAGCAGAUAUUGAUGCAAAGACUUCUCGCCUUUUAUGGAUUGGUUUAGCCUUAAUGUCUACUCAGGGUGGAGCCCUGGCUUGGCUCACCUGGUGGGUCUACUCAUGGGACAUUAUGGAACCUGUUACUUAUUUUAUCACUUACGGAAGUGCCAUGGCAUUCUAUGCUUACUUUGCACUUACUAAGCAGGAUUAUAUUUACCCAGAGGCUCGAGACAGGCAAUUCCUUCACUAUUUUCACCGCAAAGCUAAAAGCCAAAACUUCAAUAUGAUUCUGUAUAACAAACUAAAAGAGGACCUGGCAGAGGUGGAAGAAUCCUUGAAACGACUGAGGAACCCUUUACAAUUACGACUUCCAGUGCAAGAAAUUAAUGGCAAACAUUAAUUUUGUUUAAGCUUCAGCCUGUUGGGUUCCCUCAAAAAAAUCACAAACUGGA